AUGUCUCCACAACUAUGGGAACUCGAUACCCUCGAAGAUGCAGAAGGCCAUCUUCAGACACUCGACUUCCAGCCCUUCAAGCUCCAAAACCUCGUCAAUGGAAACCUCGUCCCUCACCCCCAUAAUGAUUGGAUUGAUUCUAUGAACCCCAAGACCGGCCUCCACUUCGCAUGCAUUCCCAACAGCACUCCCGAGCAAAUCGACCAAGCCGUCAAAGCCGCCGAUGCAGCCUUCCCUUCGUGGUCUGCCACACCUCCCUCGCAACGAUCACAAUACCUCCAGCGCAUUGCUUCACGAAUUGAAGAACAGCGGGAAUUGUUUGCUGUCUGGGAAAGCAUCGACCAGGGAAAGACCUUGACGCGCGCAAGAGUGGAGAUUGAUCGCGCGGUGUCUAAUUUCCGAUACUUUGCGACCUAUAUCCUGCACCAAGAAACCCAUGCUCGAUUAACCGAUACCAACGUCUUGACCUAUGAGCAUCGUUCACCGAAAGGCGUCUUCGCGCUUAUUUCGCCAUGGAACAUGCCAUUGUAUCUUCUUACGUGGAAGAUCGCGCCCUGUCUGGCCUUUGGGUGUACGGCCGUGGCGAAGCCGAGCGAGUUGACUAGCGUGACAGCCUACCUCCUCUCGGCCGUCUUCCAAGAUGUCGGACUCCCUCCCGGUGUGAUCAACCUGGUCUACGGACCUGGGAACCCCACCGGCUCAGCUCUGGUUCGCCAUCCGCUCGUAAAAGGCAUCUCCUUCACCGGAGGCACAACCACAGGCCGACAAAUCCGCCGCGAUACAGUCGACGACAUCGGAAAGCAUCUAUCGCUCGAGCUAGGCGGGAAGAAUCCCACUCUCGUGUUCGACGACGUUGACAUGGACAAGGCCGUCGCGACCGCAGUGGCAGCCGCAUUUGAGAAUCAAGGAGAGAUCUGUCUCUGUGGCUCCCGGAUCUAUGUCCAAAGGAGAAUCUGGUCGGAGUUCGUAUCGCGCUUCGUCUCAUAUGUCAAAAAGCAUUACGAACUGGGUAACACAGUCGGUGCGGUCGUUUCUUUACCACAUUAUAACAAGAUCCGGUCGUAUCUCGCUCUAGCUGCGGAAGACCCCGUCAGCGUCUUCCAUCUCGGUUCUGUGCCACCCGAAAACCCGGAAGGAGGGUUCUGGAUAGAGCCGGCUGUUUUGACGGUGUCGGAGUCGAGUCCGUUGUUGAUGGACGAGAUCUUCGGCCCCGUUGUUACUCUCACUCCGUUUGAUACGGAGGAAGAGGCGAUUCGGAAGGCCAAUGAUAGUCAGUAUGGGUUGGCUAGUAUCUUGUUGACUAAAGAUGGAGCGCGCAUGCGACGUGUCGGUGAGAGGCUCGAAGCUGGGUUGGUGUGGAUUAAUUGUUGGCUGGUUCGGGAACUAGGGACGCCGUUUGGAGGGAUGAAGGCUUCCGGCACAGGGAGGGAGGGGGGUGAAUAUAGUAGGGAGGUGUUUACCUCUGUGCGCACGUUGCAUAUUCCGCAGGUAUAGACGGUGUGGAUAUUACUUUUCUGUUGUUUCCCAUUUUGCAUUGCCCAGUUGCCCAACAUGUUCCAUACGAGCUUCUGUUCUGUCGAAGAACAAUAUUGAUAUGGUCAAUUUCAGAUGUGAUGUAUGCGAGAGUCGACCAUGCAAUACUAAGUCAACCACGUUAUCCUUAUCAAGGUGUCAUUAGCCGGUAUAUAUGGCUUCCUCUAGUGAGCUGUGUAUCCCCCAUCAACCGGCAGGGAAACCCCCGUCACCAAGCUAGCAUCGUCGCUAGCCAACACCACCGCCAUCCGGGCAAUAUCAUCCGGCUGUCCAAGCCCUCUAAAGGGCUGCAUCCGACGUAUAUUUUCGAAUUGAGAGGGCGACGUCUCCUCAAGCUCGCGUACCAUAGCUGUGUAAAUAGCUAUAGACGGUUGUUAGUACACAACUGCACGCAAUCCCAUCCGAGCAAGCAAGCAAGGAAGACACGCAUACCCCCAGGACAAAUAGCAUUCACAUGGAUCCGAUCAGGGGCAUAAUCCAGCGCCAUCUGGCGAGUGCAGUUGACGACAGCUCCUUUGGACGCGCAAUAAGCCGCUACAACCACGUCAGCCGAAGCCUAUAAACCGACUCCAAAUCCCCAGAAAAUAACUUACGAGCACCCAGCCCUCCUACCAACCCCCACACAGAAGCUAUGUUAAUAACCCAGCCCCGAUCGCCCGAAGAAUGAGGCUCCUGCU